GAUUGACUUAACGGUCACUGGCUGAUGUCGACUGUUGUUUCGGCCUGCUGUCCUUCUUGCCUGCCACAACUAGACGAAUUUGCGAGAGUGCUUUCCCCUUUCGAUCAGCUUAGGAACGCGUUUGGCUGCGGAAAACAUGCCGGCUUAGUGACACCGAUGAUGUAACCUGGAAUAUCUGGGCCAUUUUAACUGGGACUGUUCUUGAACGGGACCCAGAAUCUUCAGGAAAGGGAGCGGCAGUCAGCUAAUAGGGGAGUUGGAGUAGGCAGGGAAAGUAGACCAGCAGGCAAACAGGGUCGCAGAACAGAAUCUAAGACAUGGACGCGGCUCAUGCCGCAGAGACUCACGAGGUUCUAGCGCAUUUCCAUGUAGACGAGAACACGGGCCUCUCGGACUCCCAGGUGGAGCAAAGUCGAAGCAUCUACGGAAGAAACGAGGCACCCAAGGAAGAAGGCACGCCCUUCUGGAAGCUCGUGCUGAAGCAGUUUGACGACCUGCUGGUCAAGAUCCUCCUGGUCUCCGCUGUUGCCUCCUCUAUGACAUGCACGCCCUUCUGGAAGCUCGUGCUGAAGCAGUUUGACGACCUGCUGGUCAAGAUCCUCCUGGUCUCCGCCGUUGUCUCCUUCCUCCUUGCACUCGCCAACGGGGAGAGCGGCUGGCAUGCCUUUGUCGAGCCUGCUGUGAUUCUGCUCAUUCUCAUCGCCAAUGCCACGGUCGGAGUCGUCACAGAAACCAAUGCAGAGAAAGCCCUGGAGGAGUUGAAGGCGUAUCAAGCUGAUGUGGCCACGGUGCUGCGGAAUGGCAGACUGGCAAUCAUCCCAGCAGCAGAGCUGGUUCCGGGCGACAUAGUUGAAGUGGCAGUGGGCGGCAAGGUGCCUGCGGAUCUCAGAGUGCUCUCUCUCCUCAGCACACAGCUCAGAGCCGACCAGUCCAUACUCACUGGGGAGAGCGGGUCGGUGUCAAAGACAGCCAGGGCGACUCGGUCAGCUGUGGCGGUCUAUCAAGACAAGACCUGCAUCCUCUUCGCUGGCACGGUGGUGACAGUGGGCCGGGUGCGGGCCAUUGUCAUUGCCACGGGAGGGAGAACUGCCAUUGGGAAGAUCCGGGAUGCUAUAUCCGAGUCAGCAGACGAAAUGACGCCACUGAAGAAGAAGCUAGAUGAGUUCGGCACCUUCCUCUCCAAGGCUAUAGCUGUGGCCUGCAUUCUCGUGUGGGUGAUCAACAUCAGAAACUUCCAGGAUCCCGCACACGGUGGUGUGAUCCGAGGCGCUAUCUACUACUUCAAGAUUGCUGUCGCCCUUGCUGUGGCCGCCAUACCUGAAGGCCUGCCAGCUGUCGUCACCACCUGUCUGGCCCUCGGCACGAAGAAGAUGGCUCGCUUGAACGCCAUAGUGCGCUCACUGCCCUCCGUGGAGACUCUUGGGUGCACCACUGUCAUCUGCAGUGAUAAGACAGGCACACUCACCACCAACAUGAUGUCUGUCAACAAGAUCUGUGUGUGCACGUCAGCAGCAGGCCCCUUGUGCGAGCUGGACGUUUCUGGAACCACGUAUGCCCCUGAGGGCACCAUUACCCUCGGCCGAUCCGUGGUGGAGCGGCCAGCAGACAUGCCGUCGGUGCAGCACGUGGCCAUGUGUGCGUCCAUGUGCAACGACUCCACCCUCCAGUACAACGCCACCACCGACACCUACGACCGCAUUGGCGAGGCCACUGAGGUGGCCCUCCGGGUGCUCACCGAGAAGAUCGGGUUACCUGGUUAUUCUGACAUGCCCACAUCCCUCGGGCUCCUGAGCAAGGCAGAGAGAGCGUCGUUCUGCAACAACCACUGGCACGACACCUUCCACAAGCUGGCGAGUCUGGAGUUCUCAAGGGACCGAAAACUGAUGAGUGUGCUGUGCACUAGAGGCGAAGAGGAGAUUCUCUUCUGCAAGGGAGCACCGGAGGCUGUGCUGUCGCGCAGCAGCAGAGUGCUGAGCAACAGCGAUGGCGCUGUUGCUGCCCUGACGCCAGAGCUCAAGGCGGCAAUUGAGGAGAGAGUGUGCAGUUACGGCCGGCACCAGAUGCUGCGCUGCCUUGCUCUUGCCAUGCGGCCCCUGCCUCAGGGGCAGCAGACCAUCACUCCAGACGAUGAGGCAGACCUCACCUUCCUCGGACUGGUGGGUAUGCUGGACCCGCCUCGAGAGGAAGUGAGAGCAGCAGUGGAGACGUGCCGGUCAGCAGGCAUCCGCAUCAUUGUCGUCACGGGCGACAACAAGGCAACAGCGGAGUCAGUCUGUCGCCGAAUAGGCCUUCUCAGCCCUCUCUCCUCUGACGCCCUUAUCAACAUCGACCCUUCCUCCCCCUCCUCCCUCGCCUCCCCCUCCUCCCCUUCCCCCCCCUCCUCUCCCACCGCUGCUCUGCUGAAAGGAGGUGCGAGUGCAGAAGCUGGGGGCGGCACAGGGGGAGCGGGAGGGGGGAGCGGGGAGGGGGGGUAUGCGUCGUUGACGGCGUCUGAGUUUGAGCAGCUGUCACCAUCGCAAAAAGCUUCUGCCAUUCAACAACUCGUCCUCUUUUGCAGAGUGGAGCCCAGCCACAAGUCGAUGCUGGUGGAUUAUCUCAAACGCCAAAACGAUGUGGUGGCAAUGACGGGCGAUGGGGUGAAUGAUGCACCAGCGCUCAAGAAGGCAGACAUCGGGAUAGCCAUGGGGUCUGGCACGGCCGUUGCCAAGGGAGCAUCCGACAUGGUGCUCGCAGACGACAACUUUUCCACCAUUGUUGCGGCCGUGGCGGAGGGUCGUGCCAUCUACAACAACAUGAAGGCGUUUAUCCGCUACAUGGUGUCGUCCAACAUUGGGGAGGUGGUUGCCAUCUUCCUCGCAGCAGCAGUGGGCAUGCCAGAGACGCUCAUCCCCGUGCAGCUGCUGUGGGUGAACCUCGUCACUGAUGGGUUACCCGCAACUGCUCUUGGAUUCAACAAGCAAGACAGAGACGUCAUGAGCAUUCGGCCCAGGAAGAUGGAGGAUGCAAUUGUCAACGGGUGGCUUUUCUUCCGCUACCUAGUCAUCGGAAUCUACGUCGGGCUGGUCACUGUCGCUGCUUUUGUGUGGUGGUACAUGAUAUUUGCCGAUGGCCCCAAAAUCACCUGGACGCAGCUGGUCACAUUUGACACGUGUGUGGACGCGUCUGGCCGCCCCUGCCCUGUGUUUCUCGACCCCCGCCCUCGCACUGUGGCCAUGUCGGUGCUGGUGGUGGUGGAGAUGUUCAACGCCCUCAACAACCUUUCCGAGAACCAGAGCCUGCUCGUCCUCCCUCCGUGGUCUAACAUCUGGCUGCUGGCAGCCAUCGCUCUCUCCAUGAUCCUCCACUUCCUCAUUCUCUACGUCCCUGCCCUCGCCGUGCUCUUCUCUGUCGGCCCCCUCUCCUGGCCGGAAUGGCGCGCAGUGCUGCUCUUCUCCUUCCCGGUCAUCAUCGUGGAUGAGAUUCUCAAGAUAUUUUCAAGAAAUAUGUCAGCUCGCCCCACCAAGGCGAAGGCCCGGCAGCAGCAGUGGUCCCUGCUGCCGUUCAAGCGGCCAAAGGAAGACUCGGGCGAGAACCACACAGCCUAAUUUGCAUUUCUUUUCUUUUGGUGCUACAGUUUCCGUUCAAUGUGGUUGCUUGUUAAUGUCUCGCAUGGUAUGAAAUCAGGUAGCCAUUGGAGAUGCUGUCUCUCCACAAUGCUUUGUGGUCGCUGAUGAUUAUAGUGUUAAAAUUAUAUAAGUUAUAAUUUAAUAUAGGCUUGGUAGGUUGUUACUGAACCUUUCUGUAGGGGGGGGCGGACAAAGAAUGCGAAAGGUCGCAACUGGAGGUUGCGACUGACCGUUACAGCAUCAUGGAUGGUAACCGAAGCAGCAAUCGAGUCGCUGUGCGACUCGAUAAACCGUCCCUGUAACUGUACUCUACAACUGCUUUCUUAUCUUC